AUGUUGUUGGAGCCACGACAUAUUCAGAACCACUCUGAGGGUGGUGACACCCAGGCGCAUUGGGGGUAUCCCGACCGCAUCGUCCCUUGCAAAAAUGAUGCUGGCUCGUGCGCCUACCUGGAUGUUGUGUAUCUUGCACAUGAUCUGGGGAUGUUGUAUAUGGGUAUAUUGUGGGCGACGAUACUGGGCAUUCUCCUUAUAUGGGCUAUACUCAGGAGAGCAAGCCGUCCAGCUAUACAGGGAACACUUCAAAACUCCAGGUCAGACGAAGGCAUAUUCAACAAGUUGAGGAAAACAGCUGCUGCCAUCUCACGACGGUUCUUGUUACCGGACGCCAAUCAUUUUCUGUUCGGUCGCACGACGAGGUUCCAGGUCGUGAUUCUGGCUCUCCUUUCCGGAUACCUCUUUGUAUGGAGUUUCCUAGGCAUCGCAUACAACACAUGGGUCACGCCAGUCAAAAACAUGCCCGGCGUAUACAACACAAGGACGAGUUUAGGACCUUGGUCCGAUCGAGUUGGCGUAAUCGCCUACGCACUCACUCCGCUGUCUGUCCUCCUCAGCAGCCGAGAAUCUUUACUAUCCCUCCUCACAGGCGUACCCUACCAGAGCUUCAACUUCCUACACAGAUGGCUAGGCUACAUCAUUGUCGUCCAGUCUCUUCUCCACACAAUUGGAUGGCUCAUCAUCCAGCUCAACCUGUACCAGCCGCAACCAAAAGUAAGUCUGGAGUGGAUUGUCCAGCCGUACAUCAUUUGGGGAAUAGUAGCCAUGAUCCUGUUGCUCAUCAUGUUCGUUCUAUCUACGCCCUGGGGAAUCAGAGCCACGGGAUACGAAUUCUUCCGCAAGGCACACUACGUAUUGGCCAUGGUAUACAUUGGAGCUUGCUGGGCGCACUGGAAUAAGUUGGAGUGCUUCCUCGUUCCGGCUUUUAUUCUUUGGGGAAUCGACCGUGGUGCGAGGUUUGUGAGAACUGGACUGUUGCAUUAUCACCCUUCCUCGAUGUAUGCCGGCUUUCGACCUGUUGAAGCGUCAAUUACACGAUUUCCUGACGUUGAACACGGUGAUGUCUUGCGGUUAGAUUUGGAGAAUGCACAGGAUACGUGGAAUAUUGGCCAGCACUUCUAUUUGUGCUUUACGGAGUCGAGUAUCUGGCAAUCUCACCCGUUUACGCCUCUGAACGCGCCCGUCGUGGAAAAAGGACUCGUCAAGCAUUCUUACAUCAUGAGGGCAAAGUCUGGUGAGACGAGGAAACUGGCCGAGCUGGCAAUGAAGAAGUCUAUCGCCGCCAACAGCACCGGCGUCACAACGGGUGUCCUUCUCACAGGCGGUUACGGAGAAGAUCUGCUAGAAAAGAUUGACAGAACUACAAAUAUCGUAUGUAUUGCUGGUGGAACAGGCAUCACUUUCGUGCUUCCUAUCCUGCUGCAUCUCGCGCGCCACAAAUCCCCAUCAGAUCGCAGGAUCGAACUCAUCUGGGCGAUGAGGCACUCCCGCAACGUCGAUUGGGUCAAGGAUGAGAUGGCCGUCUUGCGGCGAGCCCAAAAAGAGCUGAAUUUGACGAUUUCGCUAUUUGCUACGAGGGACACUGCAGACAGUGGGAAGGAAGACAAACAUGACAAGCCGCAAGAUGCGGACGUUGUAUCAUCCUCAUCAGACGACAUUUGCCCUUGCGACGACAAGGCCGCUUGUGCACCGGGUAUUUCGGUUGAUAAGAUUGGCGAUGGAAAAGAUGAUGAUAGUCGGCAUCCGAGUUUACAUAAGAUGGUUGCUGAGUUUGUUGAAGGGACAGUAUCAGGAAGGACUGUUGUGUUCACAAGUGGACCAGGAGGCAUGAUUACAGAUCUGAGGAACAUAGUUGCUAGCUUGAAUGCGCCAGGGAAAGUAUGGGCAAGGCAGGACAGAUUUGAUGUUGAAUUAGUCUGUGACGACAGGCUGGAAUGGUAG